CCCGCCUCCUCCGCACCCACGGCAACCUCGCCCUCCUCCGCGUCCCCGUCGGCCAAGAGAACGACUACUUCCUCUACGACGCGAACCCCCGCUUCAGCAUGGUCAUCCCGCUCACCGACGGUUCUAUCGGCCUUCUGCGCUGCCCGGGCCAAGACAGGCUCUUUGUCGCCGUUCUCCACAAGACCUUGGCCCGGGGGCACUACGCCAUCGACCUGUUGGAGUUCAACCACGGGUCGUGGACCUGGAGCACUCGUCUGAUGCAUGCCGAGUCGCCUCAGGAAUGUGACUUUGGCAUCCCGACCAAGUCCUUCGCCCUCCCGGCCUCGAUCUGCUGGGUCGACCAUGUGAAGGCAUCCUUAUCUGUGAUCUGCUAGAUGGUGAUGAUCAAGUCCUUCGUUUCAUACGGUUCCCUGUGCUGGCGCCGCCCAAGAAGAAGAGAAUUGCAGGCUAUGAUAGGGAUGUUGCUGUCGGCUCGGAUGCCUGCAUCAGAUACAUGGAGGUGUGGGCUCAUCCCGUGCCUGGAUCAGACAAUGGCGUCACCUACACUCCGCAGGACUGGCGCGCCGCCAUAGCAAGAUGGCUGGAGCCCCAUAAGAAGUGGCAGAUCAGCCAUGAGCUCAAGGCAUCACAAAUUGCGGUGGACGACAGCCACUCUGGGUUGCUUCCUCGUGUCGAGGCUGCAAUUGAGAGUCCAAUCUUGAGUAGACUCCACGCAGGGCAUCCUGCUCUCAGCUUGCAUGACGAUGAUGUUGUUUACAUCAUGGCCAAGGUUGACCACAGGGACGAACAGUCGUGGAUGCUUGCUCUUGACAUGAGGAGCAAGACUCUGAAGCCUUUGGUUACAUAUUCUUCCCAAGUGAAAUCUUCAAGCUACUCGAAAAAGAAGAAGGUGGAGCUGCAAGAGGAUCCUCGGUUGCUGCGUGACCUUCUGCUAAUAUAGAAGACGAAGGUUUAUUUAGUGCAAAACUGAAAGCAAAACAUCGGUUUAUUUAGUGCUGAACUGAAAGCAAAAAUUAUCUCUGACUCUGAGACGGUAGUAAUGAAGCACUUAGUUGCGUUCAUGAAAAUGCUCCGGAUACGCGGCACCACCAAGGCUCCCUGCCACUGCGGCCAUCAACAGCCUGUAUCAACGAAAAAUUGACAAUUGUCAGGCUCCAUUGCAGCAUAUGAAUACAUCCUACAU